GUCAUAAUGAAGUUUCUCAUCGUUGUGGCGCUGAUCGCCGUAGCCAUCUCUGGGUUGCCGAACGCUUGGGGCCAGUCAUGUAGCUGCCCGGUCGGUUGGACUAGAUUCAACACAGAUUGCUAUCAGUACUUUUGCGCUCUAAAGACUUGGGAGGACGCACAGAACGCCUGCGAAGCCCAUGGUGCCAACCUCGUCUCGAUCCAUAGUGACUGUGAGAACGCGUUCGCCUACGAUCUUAUCGAUUCAUGCUCGCCCGAGACUGACUACGGGUUUGCCUGGAUCGGGUAUUCUCAACCAUCCGGAACGGACUUCGAAUGGUCGGACGGUUCUCCUACCGGAUACACGUACUGGGCGUCAGGACAACCGGAUAACUACAACCACGGUUACGCCACAGAAGACUGUGCUCACUUCCGCAAUGAUCCGGAUGGAUCCUGGAACGAUUUUCCCUGCGACCGUGAACUCGGGUAUAUCUGCAAGAAGGCCAUCUAAUCGGUUAACCGCAUUCGAACUUCCAUCUCGCCUCUAUUAGAACUAAGAAUCCUAAAACAUAAUUGUCGUUUCUCUAAUGAGACAUGGCAGUUUCAUGAAUAAUUCCCACGUUUUGUCGGUCAGUGUGUAUCGGAUUUCUCGGUCCUUCAAACUGAUUGACAGCCAAAUAUACCGCAAAUUACACUUAUCUUAGUAUUUGUAUUAUUUUGGUAAGAAGGGUAGCAUACUGUGCUAAUUUGAAAAUAUUCCUUCUUUUCGAUAUCCAUUUCUUUGUGUAACAACAUCACAAUAAUGUAAGUUUUACUUUCAAAGUUCAUUGGUUUUUAAAAGGCAAACAAUAGCUCUAAAGGAUAAACUUCGGAUUAUUGUUUUCAAUUUGUCUCCUUGCUUUCACUUUUUUUCAAUUAUUAUAAUUAUAGCUGCCUUGCACAUGUCCUUUCAAAUCACUUUUAUUUUCCCCGCGAUCUUGUAUGUUUUGUCCUAGUCUUCCUUUACAUAACCUACUUUUUAUCUUAUUAGCGUCACAAUGGUUAAAGAAAAUAAGUACCUUAUUUUUUCCAGAUUCUGUUGGUUUGCUGUCGCUGUUUCAUUCUGAUUAAAUACAAUCUUCUAAUCUAA